UUUACACAACAGGGGAAGAAUCCUAUUGUCAGCAGUGUAAUGUGCCAGUAAAUAAGUGGCGUAUUAUCUUGUUAUGCUACUUUCGAUAGCGCGUAGUGCAGUAUUUUCUGUUACAGUUCAUCUGUCUAACGUUAUUUGAAGAACGGAAGUUGAGCAUUACAUAGAGGUCUGAGUAAACAGCAAUGAGUGACCCUCACCCAACAUCAUUUGGGUCUGUUGAAGAGGAGAGGGACUACUGGAGGGAGCAAAGUGCCAAAUACCACCAGAGGGCUGAAGAGGCACAGGAGGAGCUGCAGGAGUUUCAGCAGAUGAGUCGAGACUAUGAGGUGGAGCUGGAAACCGAACUGAAGCAGUGUGAGGCUCGUAACCGUGAGCUGCUUUCAGCCAACAACAGGCUACGCACGGAGUUAGAAAACUACAAGGAUAAGUAUGAAUCACAGCACUCUGAGGCCGUCAGACAUAUUUCAACUUUAGAAGGUGACCUGGCAGAGACCACAGCCAUCAAAGAUCAACUGCACAAAUAUAUUCGGGAGUUGGAGCAGGCCAAUGAUGACCUGGAAAGGGCUAAGAGGGCCACUAUAAUGUCACUGGAGGACUUUGAGCAGAGAAUGAAUCACGUCAUAGAGCGAAAUGCCUUCCUAGAGAGCGAGCUCGACGAAAAGGAGAAUCUUUUAGAAUCAGUUCAGAGGUUAAAGGAUGAAGCUAGAGAUUUAAGACAGGAGCUGGCUGUUCAGCAGAAACAAGAGCGAAAACCAUCAAUCAGCCUCUCUAAAGAGAAAGAUAAGUCAGAAGCCACACCCUCAAGACCAUCCUCUGCUGUUAACUCCGCCCUCCCGUCACUCCUUGCCACGCCUUGCAGGCCUCCAGGCUUAGGGAGUGCAUUCAACACCCCGUCAGCUUCAUACAGCAGAAUUGAAGGUCUGACUGGAACUCCCCUUACCACAUCUGCACGGAUAUCUGCCCUUAACAUCGUUGGAGAGUUGUUGAGGAAAGUUGGGAACCUUGAAUCCAAGCUGGCAUCAUGUCGAGAGUUAAACGUGCGUGAGAAAACACCCAGCUGUGCAGCAAAUGGUCAGAACACAUCAAGUAUUUCAAGAGACACCUCAGAAAACCCAUCUAACACAAAUGGCCUGUAUGAUAAAGGGAUGGUGAAACGGUUGGACUUCGGAACAGGUUCCAAGAUAAUGCUGUGAACCAAGCGUUAUCUGCUCCCACAUAAGUGUGUCUUUCAUUCCCAUAUCAUUGGGAAGAACAGUAUUUCUAAUUCUUAAUGUCACGAUGCUUUUUCCAGGAGCCGAAGCAUAUCUUAUUCCCAUUAAGUCUUUCAUGUUCCUCUUAAGGGUCAUAUCAACACCCUUUAUUGUGUCUGUUAUUAUAUAACUGUUCACCAGCUCUUUCCAGGCUGUGGGAUGACUGUUAUACUCGUUUUAUUAUUUUCAGAUAAUGAUUUCAUAUGUACUAACCCUUAUUAUGUCACAUAGCUUUUUUGUGUUGUGUUUAGGUGUCUAGCAAUAUAGCAUAGUUUAAAAUGUAUCAUCUGCACUCUGAUCAUAAGAUGAUUUGCUCUUUUUGCGAAAUAUAAAAUGGGAGAUGAUUUCAGGUGACUGAUAAAGUCCAUGAAAUUAUACCUGCAAUCCCAUUUUAUUUGGCACUGAACUACUGAACUACCGCACAAGCUCCUUAUUGGUCAAAGGACUGAAGUAGGAAAAGGAUUUAUUUUUAAUGCAGAUAUACUUUUAUUUUAUUUUUGUAGAAACUAGCUUUUUUAAUGAGAAUUGUAAGAUUAUGUUACUAACUGAUGUUAUGUCUUUAGUGGUUAAAAUAUUACAAGGGGUUGAGGUGAGCUGUCGUGGACAAAAGCUGCUGUUUAUUUUAAUUUUUUGUUGCUCUCAUGGGUUUAAUGUAACCAACAAAACAAAUGUGUGUGUGCAUGAUGAAAAACCUCACUCUGGGGCCUUUGUACAAUUCUAGUAAUAACUCAUGCAAAUUUAGAAAGCUUAUUUGCAUCGUCAGUGCCAUCUUUGAUUUCAAAGGUUGUAUUUGCCGAACUGGAGUAGUCGCUGUCAUACCAUGCGCUAAAACUGAAUGUGCCUUAUUUUUGUGGCCGUAACGAGCUAAAAGUUAACUUGGGUUAUGGGGCAUUUAUUUGCCCAGAGGGAGUCGCAGCUUCUCCCGCUAUACCCAAUAUGAAUCAAUUCUCUGAUAUGUCAGGGAUGACGGAGAAACUGAAUUCUAAGUGGAUUUUGUUCCAUUUAGUUUUCACAUUUCUUUCGUGCUAGAAUUAGUCAAGUAGGAAACAAUAUAAAUACUUCAGUGAAGGGUACAAAUAUUUUUAUGUUAAAAAUAUGUUUUCCAUUUGCAUAGAGGUACUAAUAUAGAUAAUGUAUGUAGCGGUUGAUAGGAAUAUAUAGAAUAUUGACUUUAUUGCACCGGAGUCAUCUCAGGGCCUCAUGUAAGCAAUAACCUCACUAAAGACAUUGUAACAGCACAAAUUAUGUGAAAUAUGUGUCUCAAUGCACAAGUUGCAUACUAUUGUCAGUUAUAUCUGUUAACAAGUUUUCUUUGCCACACUGUAAAAAAUUAUUUGCUGCCUUAUUAAAAAAAAUCUUAGUCAUUUCAACUUACUAUUAUUUAUCUUGACUUGAGAUGAGUUGUUAUUAUAACCACAGAUGAGUUGUUAUAACUUAUAAAAUGAAAAAUGUAAGCAGCAAAGAUUUUUUUUACAGUGUAAUAAUGCAUUUUAACACCUGCCUUUUCUGCAUUCAUCAGCAAAGGAUUUUUUUUCUCUUGCCUGUAAAACCAUUACAUGGUUGGUUAUUCUAAAACUUGCAAAAUAAAAUGUUUAGUUAACAGGACUUACACUGACUCUUACUUUACAAACAUGUAAUGUAAAGAAUGCAAAGUGCUCCUUACUAUUUAUUUCUUUAAUGCCAGUGUGUGUUUGAUUGUCUGUAACAAGCCCCCAUGAAAUUAAACUUUUUCCUUUUAGUAUAAAUACGUUUGCUUAAGAAUAAGAACAG